AUGAUCCUCUACAAGAAUAACGAUGCGCUUAUAUGCAAAAAUUUUGCCACAACUCUGCAAGGCGAGGCGCAAGACUGGUUUCACACUCUACCGCCGCAGUCAAUCCGGAGUUUCAACGAACUUUCCUUUGUUUUCACUAAGGAGUACUCGUCUAACCGCUCAAUCAAAAGGACAUCCGACCAUCUCUUCAGCACCGUAAAAGACCCUUGGGAGACAAUUCGCGACUAUGUCAAGAGGUUCAAAGCGGAGAAGGCCAAGAUUUUUAGCUGCAACGAGGACAUAGCAACGACAGCAUUUAGAAAUGGGCUUCCCAUCGAACAUCGUUUAUUCGAAAAACUGAUCAUGGGAGAAGAACUGACCCUAGCAGCUUUGUAUGCUUUGGCAGAAAAACAUGCACUAUGGGAAGAGACCAAGCAAUCUAACAAAAAUGAGUUGAAAAAAGAAGCACAUGGGAUGUUCCCUGACCAAAGAAGACUCAGCACCUCAAACAUUCACCAAGUUCAUAGUUCCAAUCGACCAAAUUCUCCGCAAGCUCAAGAACAAACCUUGGUUCGAACUGCCGCCACCUAUGAAAUGCGAUCUUACCAGGCUAGGUCAUACAAAGUAUUGCGCAUUCCAUCAAAGACCAGGCCACACUACCAACGGCUGCUUGAAGUGGAAGCAGUACUUUGA